AUGCAGCUCCAACCUCCUACUGGCAUUCAACUCCCUACCGAUUGGCGGAAACUCGCUGAAUUGGUGAUCGCAUUUCUAGCAGCAGUUGGAAAAGAGGCCGGUCCCAAAGGGAACCAGACAGCGCUGAUAAAAGCUUUGAGAGAGCUGUGGGACGCCGUCGUCUGUCCAGUGGUUGAGAAUUUGGAAGGAUUUGCAGGACGAGGUUCUCGCAUAUGGUGGUGCCCGACGUCUCUAUUCAAUUUCUUGCCGUUGCAUGCUGCUGGCGAGUAUAGAGCCAAGGGAAAGUCCGUUUCGCAGCAGUACAUAUCUUCAUACACGCCAUCUCUCACCGCGCUGAUCAAGGCUCGUGCAAGUCAUGACAAGUCCCCGUCGGUGCCCUUCGUUGCCAUUGGUCAGGAUUGCCCAGCCGGUGCCGAAUCCAUUUUGGAUGCUGUGGAGCCUGAGAUAGAAUUGGUGCGGGGACUUUUGCCCCCUCCCCCAACUGUUUCGUUCUCCAAGAUAACCAGCGUUGAUGCCACUAAAUCGAGGGCACUACGCGCAUUUCGAGACAAUACUUGGCUCCAUCUCGCGUGCCACGGGACACAGAAAUUUGACGAACCCUUUAAGUCGGCCUUUCUCAUGCGCGACGAGCCGCUCUCGCUCCUCGACAUCACGCAGACGGAUCUGUCCCGGCAUGAGUUUGCAUUUCUUUCUGCCUGUGAAACCGCAGUCGGCGACGUUAGUACGCCUGAUGAAGUGAUACACUUAGCGGCUGGCCUGCAAUUUGCCGGGUUUAAUAGCGUCGUGGGGACAAUGUGGAAGGUCACAGAUAGCACCGUGCAGCACUUGGUGGAGGCAUUCUACAAAAACAUGCGCGGGGAUGGUCCAAUGAAUUCUAAACGAGCUGCUUGGGCGCUGCACCGAGCGGUCCAGUCGUUGGCUUCUGACAAGGAUAUUCCAAUGACCUUGGACCAGCGCAUAGUCUUCGUGCAUAUUGGCAUAUGA